UUUUAAUGGUACGUCGUACGCAAUAUAAUGUGAAUGUAUGACAGUAUAAGCUGCUGUGUUCAUGUAAAGUAAAAUUCGUUGUGUAUGUAACAUACUCACUUCAAUUUAGGUAUUAGGCUGACGUAAAAUAAUGACUGUUAAUUAUUAUAAUGCAACUGUUUAAGGAACAACUACAGUCAGUAUAGCCCUCCGAAAAUAUUACAAGUUUCAAAUGUUAGUUAUAAUCAUUUGCGAAUGACACUGCAUGUGUACAAGCCUUAAUAAUUAUUGCCAUGUGAAGCAUGCACUCUUUGUGUGUCUUUUGUUUGCGCAAUCAAAACAACCUCAACCUGGGUAUAAUUAUGGUAAUGCAUAAAAACGUAACAGGUAAGCUCUUUGAACGAAAAUUAUAAGUAUCGUCACUAUGGGAACAUGAAUAUACCUAUUAUACAAUGUUAAUAAUACAUAAUAGCAUUCAUUAGUGUGUUUAUUUUUCUGAAGUCAAGCAAGACGUUGCUAAGCAAAAUAUUUGUCGAUAACAAUGGCUACUGCUAGGUGUUGUCUUUCUGAGCACUCUCUUAUGGUUAGUAGAAGCAGUGACUUAGUAGAUAUCAUUAAGCAGUCCCCAGAACCAAUUGGGUUAGAACUGUUUGCAAGAGGUCUAUUUUCUGAUGCUGAUCGUGAUUUUGUUUGUGAAACGUCCGUAAGUAAAAGGAACAAGGCUACUAGAGUAGUUACUGUAGUUACGGACAGAACUAGACAUAAUCCUGAAGUGGUGGCUCAAUUUGUAGACAUUCUGCGAAGUGUUGGUCAAUGGACACAAGAUGCUGUUAAGCUGUUUUUACCGUCUGUCCCUGAAGUUGUUUUUGAUGAAGAAACAGUUGCAGACAAACCAGCCAUUAAUGCUUCUACCGACUCUCUCAAUCUGUAUGGUAUAAUCGAUACCACUUCACCUCUGACCAAUACCGUCGAGCUUUCCGAGCGAGAUUUAUCCAAUGAAACACUCACGAUUCGUGGUGAAUUUGCUGGGUUGAUUGUGAAUGUGGUUGACAGCAUGCAAAAAAGAAAUGUAAAAGUUGAGCUGCUGGUUCGAUUCUUGGGGGAGAUAGAAGCAGUUACUGCUGUAACAACCGCUGCCAAAAAACCAAUUUAUUUCUUUGAAAGAGAAGUUUUAAGGUUUUCCACUAUUGAUGAGGUUUUCGAUUUCUUGAGAGGCUAUUAUUCCUGGUUCAACUAUCAAUUGAUUGAGCUUCUCAUUAAUGCUUUCUGUAUGAAGGAUGAAGAUGUGAUGUAUCGUUUGAAAGUGUACAAAUCAAAGAUGGAGGAGUACUGUAAGCACAGACUGUGUCGUGUACCAGCCAUUGGAUUUGGAAAAGGAAUGAAAGGAUCAAAGCAAUUUUCAUUCAAGAUUGAUGAAGAAUGGAAUAAAAUUAGGAUCAACCAGAUAACGGUUGCCACAGCAAUUAUUGCAAAAACCCUGAAAUUGAAGCGGGUUGCAUUGUAUUUACGCACAGUCAGAAAUGGCUGUGUUGAGCUAACCUACGAUAUCCCUGUUCGAGUAAUGGCUGCCAUUCUUCCAGUUUCCAUGGAUACUCUAUACAUACUUCAAAAGCACAAAAUAAAGCAACGAGCAGGUCUGAUGCUGCCACAUCGUGACAUUACCAAGCUCCAAAAUCCAUCACAAGAUUCGAGUAGUUUUUUACAAGUAGAAAACGGUCCAAGAAGACCUUCACAAGCUGAUUCCGCUUUCACUGAUAGUCCUUAUGUCUCCAGAAAAGGAUCAUGCUCCUCGGAUGUAUUCGAUCCAUUGGAUCACAGUAUGUCGAAAGAGUCUGGCUUUGGAUCGCCUAUGACAGAAGCAAGGCAGAACAGGUCCAGAGACAAAAUAUUAUACAGUGAAGAGAUAGAGAAACCAACGCAAUGAUUUUUUUUAUAUGAUUUUCGAAAUGUUUUUGGUGUUUAUAAACUUAAUUAUAAUUGUGAAGUUCGAUCUUCACUUUAUCGAAUUAAUUAAUAUUUGUA